GGUUUGUCAUGACAUGAUGGACUUCCGCAUAGGUGUUUCUCUGUGAAUGGAAUGGAAGUGACUGCAUAGCUGGCUUUCUCAAGUUUAAUGUGAGCGUUUUAGAGAUUCGCAGAGGUGGGAAUAACCAACUAUCAAUUAGCUGGUAGUUUUUGUAGAUAUUUUUGUUUUUCAGCCUGUGUCGCCAAUGAGUGUUUUUGAACCACUGAAAAAAACUUGCUAGCAGAAAGUGACUAGCCUAUCUAGUCACUCGCUAUUAGUUGAUCAGUUGAAUCUAGGUUGCUAGAUUGCUGCCAAUAUUCACCACGGGUGUCUUUUUGGAAUGGAGAAUGGAUUUUUGUCUUUGUGAAUUAGUUCAAUGUCUGGUUUCGUUGGCAGCGCUUGUUUUACUGUUGGUUGUAGUUAUAGCGCACGUCAGUGCCUCUGGAAUGGUUGAUUUAGGUCGUCAUGAGAAGGAGAAAUAUUUCCUCACUGCCCAGGGGAAGGAGGAGAGCUUCCCCAGCCUGUUUGACCCUCAUUCACUGGAGCUGUCAAUCGUAGUACCCUCUUACAAUGAGGAACAAAGAUUGCCUGUGAUGAUGGAGGAGACUAUGGAGUACUUGGAGAAAAGACAGAAGCAGAAGCCUACCUUUUCUUAUGAAGUCAUUAUUGUUGAUGAUGGCAGCAAAGACAAGACAUCCAAGGUUGCCUUAGGUUACACAGAGAAGUAUGGCGCAGACAAAGUGAGAGUCUUAACUCUGGUGAAGAACCGUGGCAAGGGUGGAGCAGUCAGAAUGGGAACUCUCAGCUCCCGUGGCAAACUUAUCCUCAUGGCCGACGCCGAUGGGGCCACCAAAUUUGAAGACCUUGAGAAGGUGGAGGCAGGCUUAAAGGACCUCAGUCCCAAGCCUGAUAAUAUGGCCAUAGCCUGUGGAUCCAGAGCCCACUUAGAGGAGAAGUCGGUUGCUCAGCGGUCCAUGUUCCGCACAUUCCUGAUGUAUGGGUUCCACUUCCUGGUCUGGUUCUUCUGUGUGAGGGGGAUCAGGGACACACAGUGUGGUUUCAAGCUCUUCACACGAGAGGCAGCCUUGAAAACGUUCUGCAGUCUGCAUGUAGAACGCUGGGCUUUUGAUGUUGAACUUUUGUACAUUGCCCAGUGCUUCAAAAUACCAAUAGCAGAGGUGGCUGUUAAUUGGACAGAGAUUGAAGGAUCAAAAUUGGUACCCUUCUGGAGUUGGCUGCAGAUGGGCAGAGACCUCAUCUUCAUCAGACUGCGUUAUAUCACUGGUGCCUGGAGGCUUGAGUCUCCUAGAAAGACCCAGUAGAGCCCCUGCCCUUAAUUCAUGCUAAUUCACAAGCAGAUGUUUGUGAGUUGCACCAAGGUAUCAUGUUUGGUGACAGCCACAAAUUACAUGCACUGUAUUUUCAGUCAGUGAACAGUUACUUUUUAUGUGUCAAACACUGACACUGUAGAGCUUGUUAUGAGAUCAUAAUUUUUGUAUGUUUUUCCUUACUGUCUUUUUUGAAGGGUUAGAAAUGUAGAAUGUUUUGAUUGGUGAAAGACCAAAUGCAAUCUGCCAAAUAAUAAACAAUAAAAGCUGAAAUGUGGGAAAUGUUGGUCUUUCAAUGUCUUCACCUUAAAGGUGCAGUUAGCGAUCAUAUGUAAUUUCAAGCCCAUAACAUUUUUUGUCACAUUCAGUAAACAACAUCUCACAAUCCGCUAGCUGCCCAUCCCUUGAGUACACUGUCAAAAAAGAAAGGUCUCUGCAGGCAGCUCAGGCUCAGAAAACUGAAAUAAACAACAAUGAAAAAC